AUGCGUGCGAGUGGCCGUAGCCACUGGGACACCGACGGACACGCCGGCCGCCAGAAAGGGGAAGGGCGUGUCACGCCUGUCAGAAGAAGCGUUGACUUCGAGCGUACCGGCCUAGGUCGUGUAGACUGCGCACUGUUGAGGGCUGAGGCAGAGGAUCAGGCGAGACUGCCUGGAACUCACCUUGAAGACGAGUGUCGUGGGCUUCGGCAAAGAGAAGGACUGGCUCCCGAGAGCUUUUCCCCUGCUUCAGAAUCAAACAGGGGCAGUGAUCGCUGUCGCACUGCCUCCAGGUGGCAUCCCGAUAAUCCGUACGCCGCUGGAUUUCCAGGGCCUCAGUCGGACGUGUGCUUGCCAUUUUCCACUCCAGAGUCCCAACAUGAACCCACACAACUGAAGACCGAAGGUGAUGAGUGUAACCUGACUCGUCUGGAGGCGUUUUACGGCAUAUCCUCGUCUCCCUGGCGCGCCACGCUCAUCUCUGAGAAUGAGGGAAAUACGUUCACUGCGUCGGUUCCCGGCUGUACUCAAAAGCCGUUCUGUAACGAGACGUCCGUGUUCGCUGGCAAUACCAAGCCAAGCCCGCGGGACGGCGGAGACGGAUACGUACGAAGUUCUCCAGGCUUGAAAGGCGCAUCUUGUGCGGCAUUGUCGCUGGAACGCUUUGCAACGCGAGGGAAUAGAGCGAAUGACCGAGCUCGGCCUUCCGUUAUCUCCGUUCGUCCGAACUUUCUGGCGAGUCAGGCGGAGCACUGGACAGGGAGCAACGCGGCUGAGUGGGGUGGAGACCUCAGGAGCAAGGGCGAGAGGGAAGAAGAGGAGGCAAAUGCCGCACGAAGAGAAAUGAUGGAGCAGAUGCUCCGAAUGGAGGAAAACGACCCUGGCAUGGCUGUCGGAGACGAGCGCGCGCAGCUGCUUCACCGCCUGCUAAUUGUUCCUCAGCUGGAGUUUUUCAAAAUUCGAGUGGGAGCGGCGCCAGUGCCGCGUUUGACGUCGGAAGCGACAGAAGGGAGCUUUCUGGGAAGAAACGAACCAACAGGGCGCGGUGUGUUUCCUGUGAGCGACGGAGGACGCGGGAAGGCGACGCCUGGUUCUGAGGAUCCACCGGCGCGAAGCAACAGUCAGAGAGAAGGCGACCGACGGACCCCUCAAGACGAUGCGAAGAACAACGAGAAGACUGACUGCAGCCCCGCGGUGCCGGUCACAGGAGCUGGCAGGAGAUCUGAGAAGGCGGGUCCAAACCAAGACGGCCAGGAGAGCGAGGCUAUCCUUCGAGCUACCCACGGAGUCUUUUCUCGGACAGAGUCCUCAGCUGGGCCUGCCUCCGCCGCAGUGGGGGAACAAGAAGACAGGCCGAAGGCCGGACCGGCUGCAAUUGACGGACCGAAGAGCUGUGAGAAGAGAGCGAAACGCGAAGGCUGUGGAGCUUCGUUCGGCGUCUUCAAAGCCGAUAGAAACCCGGAGGCAGGAUCCGAACCUAAUGAGAACAGGGGAGUCCCUAUGCAAGUUGGCGCCUCCACAGAUUCCUGCCGGUUCCUCUCCGGUACCUUCUGCGACGCCGACGCUGUGCGCUCGCUCUGGACAAAGAAAACGCGAUUGGAUUCAAUUUUCGACGAAGAACUCGGCGACGAGGCAGGGAAGGAGCUCGGAGGCCGCGGAGACAAGGCGCAAGCAGAGAGAGACAGUAUCGUGGCAAUCAAGCAGGAAACGGAAAAGGCGAAACGAGAGGACGACAGUGGAAAUGUGGUUUUCGCUUCUGAACUAAUGACUAACGGCGUAGAGUGCCGUCAACCCCAGGAGACGUGUUCACACGGGUCUCCCGAGACCCGCGGAGGCGAUUCAACACGUAAGGACAAGGACGAGAAGGACCACGAGUUGAGCGCGUCUCUAGAAAGGGGCCAGAUAGGUGCUGGGCCUGGAGAAGAGCUGCAGGCGCUUCAAAUCGAAAAGGUUCUUCUGUCGACACAUGGGGACAGUGUUCGACUGCCGGUUGGGUCAGGGCCGUUUGGUGGCUCAUCUCGCGGCGAGAAGGGGAAAAGCUCCUUUGUGCGUCAGCAGAAAGUUUCGUGCUCCAUAGAGGGAGAAGGAGAGACUUGUCGAAGCCCGCGCGUUUCGUCUGAGAACGAGGAAAACCUCCGCGUUUUUGUCGACAUCUGUGGGGGACCCGGGGCUUGGAGCCUUUUCCUGCUGAAGCCCAUCAAGGGGCAGGCAGGCCCUGUCCUGCAAGGAAGUGCGGAAUCGAUUUUGCGGCCUGCGAUGCCUCCUCUUCUCUACGCUCCGGCGGAAGAAGAAUUGGAAGCGAACAGUUUGGAGCGUGGAGGGAAGGUGUCCGUGGACGACCGGGUGCGGAGUGUUGGGGCCGCAGGCGCAUUCCAUGGCGAUGCCAAAAACGGAGUGGGGAAGACGAAAGAUGGCACCGCAACAGAACAAAGGGAAGACGCGCGAGCCUCCACGACAUCCGAGUCGCUCUCGGAUUUUCCAUGUGCCCCCGUAGUAUGUGGAUUUGGCAUGACGCUCGCAACCGGCGCAGCCGACGGAGACCGCCGGAAGGCUCGGACACUGUGGUACCCGCAUCUUGCUGGGAACCCUCGAUGGAAAGCGCUGUGGGGAGCGGAUGGAACUGGGAAUGUGUACAGGGGGAAGAAUCUCGCUCACGGCAAGGCCGCAGUUUCCAGGUGGGUCGCCGAAGCCGCGAAACAGUUUCAGAAGAAGGGAGUCCGCGGGGACCAUCGCGGGAGCUUCGGCGAUUCCGCAUCGGUGACGGAGACAAAACGCUCCGGCUCGGCGGCCACAGGAAGCAUGGAGACCGAGGCGCUUCUGAGGCGAGCAGACGCGCGCAAGGAUGCGUGCUCAGGGACACCUGUGGAUGCGACGGCACACAUGGGGGGAACUGGGCUCGCAGACGCCCCUGAGACAGAACUGAAAGCCGCGACUGUCUCGGAAAGAAAUUCAUUCGUCGCAGAUCGCGCUGGGGAAAGUGGAAAAGAAAGCGAACAGCCCGGGUCUCAGCUGUGGAGUCAGGAAAGCCUGUCGACUUCCGCGAGCUCCGACACUUUUCUUGAGGGCUCCCACGUCAGCGCACCGAAGGCAGAUGUCCCGCCUUUGCCGAGGCCCGACACGGCUUGGCUCCAGGCGGCCGGCGCCCAAGGCUCCACGGAAGCCGCCACAAAGGAGACAGCCUUCCUGGGGAGAGGAGACAAGAAUAGCGGCGAAGCACGGAAAGGUGGAACCGACACACGAGACACGCCAGAUACGCAGGACGCAGAAACCUACCAAGGUGUUCCCCACGUGUGCCUCGUUGUGGCCGAUGGAGGCUUCCACCUAGCAAUCGAUGAGAAGACGGGACGCCACAUCGAGAACUACCAGGAACUCCUGUGUGCGCGGCUUCUCCUCUCGGAGUUGCUCUUCGCCCUGAUGCUGCUCGAGGAGGGCGGCAACUUCGUCUGCAAGAUCUUCGACACCUUCACGCAUUUCACGGCGAGUCUGGUGUACAUUGUCGCGCGGCUCUUUGAGGACUGCGCCAUCAUCAAGCCUAUCCGCAGUCGAGCCGCCAACAGCGAAAGAUACCUGGUGGGCUUACGCCUCAAGCGCAGGUCGUCGGCCGAGUUUCGAAGUCUAUUUGACGUUGUUCGAAGCGUUCACGGUAUGUGGGAAAGGCACGGGGAAGUUCGCGAGAAACUGGCGGAAGACGAAUCUCCCGACUCCCUUGUUCCAGUCGACGUUCUCACGUCAGAUGAAGCCUUCGUUGAGAGCCUGGGAAACGCCUGCCGCUUCCUUUGCAAGAAGCAGACGUUGGCCCUCGAUCUUAUUUAUCGCAAGUAUGUGGAGCUCAAAGCGUCUCUGCAAAUUUCGGCAGUCCUCAAACCGAGCGCGGACGGGCUGUUCCGCCUGCCGCGUCUCGUCGCUUCUCGUCGCCCGCCGCUGCCUUUCUCCGGGGGCUCGACUGGGAGUGGGGAGCCUGCCUCGCGGAAUCCGCGCGAGUGCCCAAGUGAAAAAUCUGUCUCUUCGGCCCAGGUGGCGGUUCGCUGGGGCAGCGCCCCCUCGCAGACGGCGCACAGCCCUUGCGCUGGCGGGUCUCUCGUCGCUUCUUCGGAGGGCCUUGGAGGUGCUUUCGCGUGGUGGGGUGGUCAGCCGCAGAACUCGGGAGAUUCGGGCCGGGAGUCGGGACAACGCGGCGUGCCUUCGGGCGUUUGGAGAACGCAAAAAUCGCGUGCGUGCGCGGAAGCGUUUGAGAGCUGGGAGACCCCCAGGGACCGACGAGAAGGCCUUCUGUCGAGGCCUGAGGGGUGGCUGGGGCAUGAGUCUUCCGGGGGCUCGCGCUGGCGAUCGUCGCCUGUGGGGUGUUGCAGCGGGGAAGAGACAGACAGAGAGUCGAGCUCAGGAGCAGGCGAGGACGCGGACGCAUGCGCAUACGCAGACGUGCGCUCGGCCUCUAGACGUGGCGCACACGUGAAGGAAGAAGAGAGCAGCACAUCAGGUGGAUCGGCGAGCGCGGUGUCGGGGGGUGCGCGAGAGGCAGAAGCAGGAAAGGAAGCCGAGGAAGGGAAAAUGAAAACGCCGGAGGAGCUCUACGAAGAACGCAUGAAGCAGCUUCAGAGUCACCACGAACGGCGAUUGCGGCACAAAGCAGGAUUGGCCUCCAGUGGACGAAGAGGUGGAAGGAACGGGCCGAGAGAGGCGCCGAGAGAAUCGCGAGAUCUCCCGCCGUUCAACUGUCAGGGGCAAAGCAGUUGCUUUGCGGAGUUCCCAGGCAACUCGUUGGAAGCAAACCUGUUGUCUCUUCCCUUUGCAAAAGGAGGUGCUCUUCACAAUCCGAUCUCUGCGCCGGCACAGCGCGGCGUGAGGACGGGAGGGGAAGGGGUGGAGGAACGCAAAGAGGCCGGUGCUCACUUUGGUAGUUUUCAGCGGCAAUCUGGGACCAGGCGCUCCCCUGGUUCGCCCUUGGUCGCGAUGCACAGCGAGGAGCUGUGUCCUCCUGUGGGCUCCAGUGAAGGUGGUGUCAGCCGGACGGGAGGAAGUGUUUUCGUGGACGGGUCACCGAAACAAGAGACAGAUUUGUUUUCUCACCCUUUCCAGGCUUCCUCUUCUCUUCAGCCUCAGUUCUCAGCACGUCCACUUGGGAUACCUCAGUUGCAUGCUCACCGUCCGAACCCUGAAACGAUGGCAUCCUCUGUGGCGAACCUUCUUUCUGCGUACGGUUCCGGGUCUUCUUCCCCGUUGCAGGGUCAGGCGCCCGUUGCCUCUUCUUCAGAGAGCCGGCAGAGUCUGCCUGCGACGCUCUUCGCUCCCUCGGCUUCUCUGACAAUCAGUUCCGCCCAGUUGCCUCAUACAUUUCCAGUGAAUCUCGCCGCUGCACUUCUCACGCGCGCACCUGUCCCAGAAGGCAAGAUAUGUGCACCAAGCUGUAGUCCUUCUGACGGGCAAUGCAAUCCAGCAGCGGCGCAUGGCUUGGCGCAAGGCCCUUUUCCGGAUUUGGAAAUGGAUGCAGCCAAGGACGGCACUGCGGUCACGCGUAAUCAUUUCAGGAGUCCCAGUGCGGCUGCAAAUCUGGCGGCACAGAUCCUAAUGACGCCGAAGCGACAGCCUGAAGCCGCAGCGGGGCGGGAGACAGCAAAGGCGAAUUCUGGGCAGAUGCACGCAUGCGCGCCGUGUCAAGGGAACGUGCUUGCAGAGAAUACUGUGGUGCAAGGCCUCGCGGGCAUAACAGGACAGAGAGGGCUCUGCGGUGGUAUUAGCGACCGUGAAGCUUCAGAUGAGAAGGAAGCGAGAGGACGAGCCGCGCAGGAUGCACACGGCAUGCAGCAAUCGCCGGAACCUGUCAAAGUCUCCCCUGGGGGAGUUGACUAUCGAACCCAAGUCCAGCUGCUUCUCGAGCACAGCCGGCUGCUCCUGGGGGACGGAGGAGGUUUCAAGCCGUCGGCUGCAGCGGCGUUCAAAAGUAAUAAUCGAUUUAAUUCUCUGACAGGUAUCGAAACCCCGGGGCCUCUUCUCGCCUUCCACGAUCCGCCCUCUGAAGCUUUAUCGCCUUUCAUUCAGUCGACUUCCGGGGAGAGGGAAGGAGGGAAAGCUGGGGCGGCCCAGCAGGACAGAGCCAUCCCGAGCAAGAUCGCGGAGACAAUUGCGCAGAAGGCUCCGGUGAGACCAGAAGAAGCGAGCGCCGGGGGGCCGGCUCCGAGCGAAGCGGCAAGCGGGGAGGUGGCGAGGAAAGCAGAGUUCUCCGGGGAGAAGAACAGCGCGAAUUCCUUGGUGAUGAAAAUUUUUCGUGUGGAAACGAGACGCGCCGAACAGACGGGACGCAUGGUCACGCAGCAGCGAGAGGGGGAAGGGGGAAAAGAGGGGGGAAUCGUCAAGGCGGUAGAGGAAAGGGGGGAAGGGGUAGACGAGGCGGUCUUUGGGAAAUGA